AUGGGACCGUACAGAUCCUCGUCGGCCAUGGCGGUCCUCCUCUUCGCGAUCUUCACCCUGUCGUCUGCUCUCGACAUGUCGAUCAUCUCCUACGACGACAAAAACGUCGUCGGAGAAUCGAAGUCGAGCUGGAGGACCGACGAGGAGGUGAUGUCAAUAUACGAAGGGUGGCUGGCCGAGCACGGCAAAGCCUACAACGGAUUGGGGGAGAAGGAGAGACGGUUCCAGAUCUUCAAGGACAACCUCAGGUACAUCGACGACCACAACGCUAAGAACCUCAGCUACAAGCUCGGUCUGAACCGGUUCGCCGAUCUGUCCAACGACGAGUACCGGUCCACUUUCCUGGGCACCAAGACCCGCGCUCAGAAGAAGAAGCUCUCCAACCGGAACACCAAGAGCGACCGGUACGCGCCACGUGUCGGCGACUCGUUGCCCGACUCCGUUGAUUGGAGGAAGGAGGGCGUAGUCAACCCCAUCAAAGACCAAGGGAGCUGCGGGAGUUGCUGGGCAUUCGCUACAAUCUCUUCAGUGGAAGGGAUCAACAAGCUAGUGACUGGAGAUCUCCUCUCACUAUCUGAGCAGGAGCUGGUUGACUGUGACAAAACAUACAAUGAAGGAUGCAAUGGAGGUCUCAUGGAUUAUGCCUUCGAGUUCAUCAUCAGCAAUGGUGGAAUUGACAGUGAAGAGGAUUAUCCUUACAAAGGAUAUGAUGCCACCUGUGAUACCUACAGGAAAAAUGCCAAGGUGGUUUCCAUUGAUGAUUAUGAAGAUGUUCCUGCAUACGAUGAGAAAGCAUUGCAAAAGGCUGUUGCCAAUCAGCCAAUUGCUGUUGCCAUUGAAGGAGGUGGCAGGGAUUUCCAGUUAUAUAAUUCUGGUGUAUUUACGGGACGGUGUGGAACAUCAUUGGACCAUGGUGUUACAGUUGUGGGAUAUGGAACAGACAAAGGAGUUGAUUACUGGAUAGUGAGAAAUUCUUGGGGUGGCAGCUGGGGAGAGGAAGGCUACAUCAGGAUGGAGCGUAACCUGGGCAACACCGCACAUGGAAUAUGUGGAAUUGCAAUGGAGGCUUCUUAUCCAGUCAAGAGUGGCCUGAACCCCCCGAACCCUGGUCCAUCUCCUCCGUCACCGGUACAGCCCCCGUCAGUUUGUGAUAAUUACUACUCCUGCCCUGAGAGCAACACCUGCUGCUGUAUUUAUGAGUAUGCAAACUACUGCUUUUCUUGGGGAUGUUGUCCACUUGAGGGCGCCACAUGCUGUGAUGACCAUUAUAGUUGCUGCCCAAGUGACUAUCCAGUCUGCAAUGUCAAUGCAGGAACCUGUCAACUGAGCAAGGACAAUCCACUGGGAGUGAAGGCAUUGAAGCGCACGGCCGCUAAACCUCACUGGGCAAUUGGUGGUGGCAAGAGGAGCAGUUCUUAA